CCUCAACGACAGCUCAAGCCGAUCCAUUUUCCUGCUCUGCCCUUCUCCAUUGUCCGGUGUUGACCAAUGCUGAAAUUUGGCCUCCUGGGUGGUUUCCUCUUGGUGUCGUUUUGGCAUCCUGCCGGAGCUUUCCGGACAGGCGCGGCCUUGGCGCAGCGAGGCUGCGAGAGGACCCGCGGCAAACAUGACAGAAUCUGCCGUGAAAGUGGAACUUGUUCUGCUGGGCGGCGAUCGCUCAGCGCUUGCGUAUCUAAAGUGGGGUGGUGCGCUUCGCCUCAGGAUAGCACCAGCGGCCCAAGGGAAGCUCUUGCAGCCACAAGCAGCGCUGUUGUUGCAACCAUGGCUGGUAGCAGCACGGAGUCUGUUGGGAAAUGCGGUGCAACUGCUCUGUCGCUGACUCGAAAUCAGCUGCUUUCCUCGAUAGCGGCCGCCGCCGCGGGGUUCCUGUUGGCACCAUGGCAAGCCUCCGCAGCAGCAGAUAUGGACACAACGCUGGCAAUGGAAGCAGUGAACAGCGGGCCUGCGGCAGCGCAGGGGGAGGUUGGUGGGGGUAUCGAGGAGGUGGCGGCGGCGAAGUACGUUGUGCAAUCUGACGAGGUCGGCGUGCUCUUUGGAGACGGGCCCAUCGGCAUCAAGCUCGGAGACAACCCUCUCAAGGCUUCGGGGGUCUGCAGAGUCUACGUCACGGAGGUGCUAACGGGAUCGCAAGCGAUACGCCAAGCAAACCUCCGCGCAGGGUUCGGGGUGGCCGCGGUGGGGGGCAAGCCUGCGGAAAGGCUUGAGCCGAAGGAGGUGGCGGAGCUCAUCCGCUUGUCGCCUCGGCCCAUGGAGAUCGUCUUCAGGGACCCCGAGUUGCUUGGUCGACGACUGCAAGCCGAGGCAGACAGGAAAGCGGAGGCCGUGAAGCGGAGCAAGCGAAAGGCGGCCGCCGACGCGGCAUCUCCGGAGACGGCGGCUCCGGACACGGCAGGUUCAGCAACAACGACGGCCGUUGACCCUCGCAGCGGCAGCGUCGGCAACGGCGGCGGCAGCGCCUCCUCGGGGGAGCUGAGGGUGACGCAGGUGGGCAAGAAGCCGGCGGUGUGCGGCACGAGGACUAAGGCGGGCGACUUGAUCGAGUUCAGGUACUCCGCACGCUUGGCGAGCGAUCUCUCGGUGGAGUUUGAUUCCAGCGACCGCAGGGGGACGGGACUUCCAUAUGCGAUCGUCCUGGGGAACGGCGAUGUCAUAAAAGGGUUGGAUCUGUCACUGUUCGACAUGUGCGUCGGCGAGCGGAGAAAGAUAGAGAUCCCUGCCCGCCUGGCUUACGGGAGGAAGGGGAGCAAGGCCUUCGGAGUGCCUCCGGAUGACGGAACGGGCUCCGCUGACGUGGUGUUCGGGGUGGAGCUUGUGAGUAUCAACUUCUCGAUCAACGCGUCGGACGCGAGGGACAACUUCUACACGGACGAUCCUUGCGACGCGGCCGCCGUCGCCGCCGGAAACGCCAGCGGACAGUGCAUGAAAUGAUGAGCGUGGAAAACAUACAACCAAGAUAGACUCGCUUCGCUCCGCCUCGGAUGUGAAUGCUGCUGUUCGUUGAUAGACUUUUCACAGAGACUUUGGUCUGCCAAUUUGAGCGCUCGAUGCAAAACAAAUUCAAGAGACAAACAUACAACACCCAUGGUCGGGAGAUCGGGGGGCGUGCUCCAAACCCAGCAGCAGCAGAUGCUAUUAUAACUCGUACGGUGACUGGUGACUGGUAGCACCGGUAUUUUUCCGACCAGCAAGUGGUUGUGCAGGGGGGUACGGAGAAGGUGAUUCUCCCUGGGGACCAUAACGCGUUGUUGCCUUCAUCCUCUAAUGUUAGCUUCAGAGCGCGCAUCCAAGGUUGCGCGGAGAAAGCAAGUACUGCUGGGACGAAAUGACUGCGGCCGUCUUCCGGCCUUUUGUAGCGGUGAAGAAGCACGGAGACAGACGUGUCACAGGUCGUGCUGAACAAGGGGAAGAAGAAGGUGCACCACCGUCAGAGACAGCUGAUGAAUUCCCCAGCACGGACGUGCCCGUUCGGCGCGUACGCGAAUGGCUCCUCCGCAUUCUCGCGCGCCCAGUGUCUCUGGCGGCGAAAAACCCGUGUCAUAUCUGCCGCCAGGGUGGUAAAUAGACGUGUCCUUUCAUCUUCUGCUGUGGUUGUGCUUGACUUUCGACCCUGACCCCGCGGGCGUAAGCUCGGCGCAGUGAGUGAGACCCUGACCCCGCAGCCCGGAUGCACAGAACUAGCCCUACGAAAAGUUUGGUGCAUUCGGGCUGCCGCGACAAGGACCCACUCCCUGCUGCGCCGAGCACAAGAACACGGGGGCAAGAGUCGAAUGUCAAGCAAGUGCUAAGCACAAAAACAUCUGUAUAGGUAAAUCUACAUUUUACAAUACAUCCCCUGUAGUUCUCUACUGGGUCAACGACAAAAUAUCGGGGAGAAUCCCUCCGUAGUGUCGUGUACUGUAAGAUGUAACCUUCACAGGGGACACGGCGCAGUGUCUAAUGACAGCUUGCUGGUUUUAGGAAUUUAAGGAGAAAUAAAUAAUAUUGAUGUAAAAUCAUGGAAGAUGGAACGAAGGCUACAGCAGUACAUCACUCGUUUUUCAAACCUAUAGAUUUUUGAAUUUCACGGGCAGUAGGUGUUUUACGCCGUUUU